AUGUUCAGUCGAAAAUACACCCGCUACCUCUACGUUGUGGGGACGUUAUUCGUCUUCUUCGUGGUCGCAUUUGCCAUCCCCCAUGAUCAGGUGAGAAACCCUGCUCCUGGCCCGAUGGAAAGACGGGCGCCCGAGUCGCAGCCAGAGCAAGCGCAACCACAGCCAGGCCCUGCCCCGCGCAGGGGGCGAGCUGCGAGGCAGAUCUGGUUGUCGCCGCAAGAACGUUUCUGGGAGGAGUACGAGUCCUAUCCAAGGAUCUUUCCGACCUUGAAAUCCACGGUGAAACGACUCAUCGGCACCUCUUCCAACCCCAAACUCAUCGAUGAUCCUCGAUUGCCCAAGGGCUCCGGUCCAUCUCGCAAAGUCUAUCGCCCCUUCCCGGCAUACGACAGUGAAGAAUGGAAACAAAACCAUCGUGGCACAUUUCAGUCAUGUGUCGGUCCGCGAGGGAAAUUGCUCGUCGACAGUUUGGACGAUCAGGUGACCGCCUAUGAAGGUCUUCCAGAAGGAUUCCCCCCGACCUUGUUUGGCUCGCACGAAGCUAUUGGUCUCGAUGGCCGGAUUUCCUUUGAUCGCUACGGACGAUAUGGCGCCUACGGCUUCGGAGAAAACGAGGAGAAUGUCGAGGGUUGGGUCAAGCCGAAACGCGUCAACUGGGAUCUGGUCAACUGGGGGAGUCUCCAGCGUGAUUGCCACGACCGCAAUGCCGGCCGAUUCUUGAUGGAAGCCAAGGCGACGAACCCCAUGAAACUCCCUGAAGCGCGCAGCGUUGUUUUGCUUCGUUCCUGGGUGGGAAGAGAAUACACGGAAAACGACAUGAUCACCAUUCGCUCCAUCAUCAUGGAGCUUGCUCUCCAUACUGGCGGAGAGUUCGAGGUCGUCUUACUGACCCAGGUCAAGGAUGAAAGCAUCAACCUCCAGGCCGAGGGCAUGCGGGAACAGCUCCUGGCCGAGUACAUCCCCCCGGAGUUCUGGGACAUCACCGAGUUCUGGAACCAGCCGAUGGUGAGAGAGCGUUACGGUCGAUUGAAUCCGGAGAAGACAGAUGUCCAUCGUUCCCAGUGGCUGCCCGUCCAGUACUUCAUGCUGAACCACCCGCAUUUCGAAUACGUCUGGAACUGGGAAGUGGAUUCUCGGUGGACAGGCCACCUGUAUGAAUUCGUUGACAAGACGGCCGAAUGGGGACGACGCCAACCCCGACGCGGAAUGUGGGAACGCAACGAACGGUUCUAUAUCCCCAGCCACCAUGGUGACUAUGACAAUGGGUUCCGACAGUUCGUCGACCAACAAACAACGAUCGGGAUUUGGGGUCCCAUGGCAUUGCCGCCUUUGGACGAAGGACACAAGCCUCCCGUGCCCAGAGGUCCCUCGCCACCGGUGCCCUUGCCUACCCAGGAUAAUUAUGAGUGGGGUGUGGGCGAAGAGGCGGAUGUACUCGGAUUCCUUCCCUACUUCAAUCCCCAAAACACCGAUUGGGUGAUCCGUCUCCAGGUCUACGGCUACCUCAAAGGCGACACCCCCCGAAGAGCCGGCUUGAUCAUCCACAAUCGUCUCUCGCGACGACUCAUCAUGGCCAUGGAUCAUGAAAACCUGGAAGGCCGGCACAUGGGCUCUGAGAUGUUUGCUCCGUCCACUGCGCUCAUCCAUGGUCUCAAGGCUCUCACCGUACCCCACCCGGUCUUUGCGGAUCGGCUGUUGCCCGGCAAUCGGGUGAGUCGUUGGUGGAAUUCAGGCAUCAAUGGCCGCACUGGAAACACCCCGGACAGUCCGUUCUCAUGGGGCCGUGAGUCUCGAUUUACCGACGUCUCAUGGUACUACCACUGCAACCUGCCUGGGCGACUAUACUGGAAUUUCAUCGGGUGGGAGAAGGAUGGCACUGGAGGUCCCGAUUAUGAAAAGGUUCAUGGGCGACAUGUGUUACCCUCCAUUCUAUUCCAUCCCAUUAAAGAUGUCACGCCUGAGGCAGACAGUACCGGCUACUACUUUGAAGCCGAUACUGGGCUCGAAGCCAAUCCUGAGGAUGACGCAUGA